CACAUCUCUACUAGCACUAAACGCUCGAACCAGCUCUUUGGUGGAUGGUUACAACUCUUAGGCGUCCGUCAUUUCCGUCAACAGCGGAAAAAAGCUAGGGACCCCACGGGAUCCUUUACCGUGGGUUAAGCGGUUAGUUAAAGGUUUAAGUGGCGAAAAAACAAGAAGAACAAAUGUUAUAGUGUGGACUGAAAGAAAUACAUGAUGGAUAGCACUCAACCGUAUUUCUCAUAUGCUACCUUUUAAAGAACCAGGCAAUCAACUCCGAUCCCGGAAAGCACGUAUGUCAUUGCUUUCUGGUUUUUCUGGUUACUGCAGCCAUCGGUAGAAAGAGGUGGUAGACGAGAAUCGUCCUUUUUAGUUGAUGGUUGCUCCAGACUUAUGACAGGAUUUAUGGGUCCACACAUCCAUAUCUGACGUUAUUUCUAGCACUAAACACUGAAGGGUAGAAACAAAGCGUCUUUUUUUUUUUGAAGAAAUAAAAGCAGAAUGACACGAAUGAGGGAGUGAGUACAAGAUGGGUGACCCACUGCAGCUUCUUGUGUUAAUAGUUUGUGUAAUGGUUUCGUCCACUGUAGGAACCUCUCAAACAAGGCACAUUGCCACCAUUAAAGGUGACAUAAUAGUUGGAGCUUUAUUCUCCGUUCACCACUCUCCAGGACAGAAGCAAGCUCAAACCCGUACAUGUGGGGACGUCAGGGAAGCUUACGGGAUCCAGCGGGUCGAAGCUGCGUUUCAGGCUAUAGACGAGAUUAACAAGAACAAAACACUUUUACCAAAUAGUACUUUAGGGAUAGAAAUCCGUGAUUCUUGUUGGUAUUCUCCGAUUGCUCUAGAACAAAGCAUAGAGUUCAUCCGGGACACAAUCUCGGCCAGCAGCAAAAAGGCCAAGAACGAUAUGGAUAGUGCAAUAACAUCAGUUAACCCUAACUGUCCUAAGCCAGAGUUGAAAAACAUUGUGGGAGUGAUAGGCCCGGGUUCUAGUACAGUGACCAUCCAGGUACAAAACUUAUUACAGCUGUUUAGCAUCCCUCAAAUUGGGUAUUCUGCUACCAGUACGGAUCUCUCUGAGAGAAGUUUCUACAAAUAUUUCCUGCGUGUAGUACCCAGUGACCUUUUUCAGGCUCAGGUGCUUGUGGAUAUCGUGAAGUGGCACAACUGGACCUACAUCUCUACUGUCCACACCGAUGUUAUCCCCAGUAGCCCCACCCCUAGUAGAUGAACGGCAAGUCUGAAAGGUUACAAGGCUAAAAACCGGGUUUCGAUUCCCGUGGUGGACACAGCAUAGA